UGCCGCUGAACCCCACACAGGUUGCAACACGAGGCAGAAUGAAUUAUCCAUUGUGCCAGAGCAGUCGAAAUUACGCCCGCCAGACAUGCCAUGGGCAUGGAAUGUAUAGUAUAAAGGUGGGCAAUGUUCCAGGUUGUAUUCGAUUGCCCAACUCUCGCAAAGGAUAUCAAGUAUUCUUUCGCAUCCGCACCGCUUCAGCUGUCACCUAGAAUCUACACAUGGAUAGCUUACAUGCGCAUCGACAAAGAUAUGAGCGCACCAGAUCGACACUACAAAACCCAUCGUCCUCGCGGCCAAGGCAGGCCCCUGACCAACAUUCAAUGAGACCAGUCCUACAGCCAUAUCUUGAGCGCCUGGACAGGUUAGAGCGUUGCAUGCAAGAGGAAAUCCAGGAGAUCCGCAGCUUCUUUAUGGAUCUCCUUGACAACUGCCAGUCAGAUGUCACAAUGGAGGAUCCGGGCAGAUGUGAUAGCACCGUCGACUCUCAAGCAGGACUCGAUGGCCUCAAUGCUAUUCCACUGUUUGUAUCUUCGCACGACCGCUGCUUCGUGCCACAGCCCGCAUUCCAUAGAACAUUGUUCGUGGGACCGCUGUCAGAGGGUACAGGUCCUCCCCAAGGCCUAUUUCCCAACGGCGCCCGCAGUUCUGCCGACUAUGGGCCUGUUGUUCAACCUUCUCUAACUCAGCCACGAUACAGCACGUACUCUGAGGCCUUGUCGGAAUUCCGCGACCCGCGUGCCACGGAAUUGUCAUCAAAGGGUGCGGAUCCUCGCCUUGUCCAAGACUUAUCGCUCCGUGGCACAUCCGAUUCCGUCUACGAGCCUGCUGCGCAACCCUUGCAGGGCAUUUAUUCUGAGGAGCAUGUCGCAUCAAGUUCUUCAGCCAGACCCGACAAGCAACUAUCUGUCCCCGUUGUGCAGGCUAGUCAAGCAAAGGACAAGGUAAAAUGCACCUGGGACGGGUGCUCGGCAUUCAUCAACAAGGACAACCUCACUCGUCAUGUCAAAGAGGUGCACGAGGGGAAGAUUAAGGCUGUUUGUUCAGGUUGCGGAAGAGAGUUCAAGCGCCCGUAUCAGAUGAAUGAGCAUAUCCUUCGGUCCAGAUGUGGAAGAUCCUAGAAUGUUUCCUUGCACAAUAGAGUCGCUAUCUCAUCAUGACUGUGUUAAUAU